AUGACCACGAACGCUAGAGAAAUCACUUAUGCCUUUUUAAAUACCUACUACCAGCGCAUGAAUGCGGAUCCUCUCAAAAUUCAUCAUUUAUACUCUGCAACAGCGGAACUGACACAUAUUAAUUAUCAAUGCGAGUUUGAUGACAAUCUAGAGGUGAUGCCUACGAUAAAAAUCACUGGUAAGGAAAAUAUAAGCAAGUUUUACGCACGUUACGCGAAGAAAGUGAAGACUCUGCGUGUCAAAAUCGACUCGUGCGAUUUCCAGUUUACUGGCGCUAAUAAUACGAGCAUCCUCAUUUUAACCUUAGGUGAAAUGUUUUGGCUUGGUACACCAAGUUACAAGUUUUGCCAAACUUUUGUUUUAGUACCAACAGCAACCAACCCCAAAAUAUUCGAUGUCUGCAACGAUAUGAUUUACUUCCCUCCCGAUCGUGCGGAGGAAUCUCAGUUCAGCAACGUUGAGCAAAUGAAAGAUACCGAAAACCUGCCAGAAGAGGAGGCCAUGGAAACCGAAUCCUCCGGCCAAGCCGCUGGUAACGAAGUUAAUGACUCCAAGGUUCCCGAGGAAUCGUCUUCCGCCCUCGCCAACGGCACGUAUCACAAGGAGGCUCCUGCUAGUAAGCUUCCCGAAACCUUAGAACCACCGGCUUCUGAGGAAACUCCACAUGAAACAGUACAGAACGCUGAAAUGGAAGACGACGAAGAUGUUUCAAAUACGAUGACUCAUGAGUCCGCCUCUCACGCGGUCGAAAUAGCUACUGAGGAGAAACCCAAGAAAAUGAAUUGGGCAUCUAAAAUUGCUAACUCUGAGUCUAAAGUAGUACCAAACGUCGCAACCAAUUACAUCCGAGCCGAACCAGAAUCUCCGCAAGUUGGUAAAAAGGUUAACGAAAGAAAGUCAACGUCACCGGGCGGUCAACCUCGCGAUUCAAAGAUCUUCAAGAAAAAAGUAUUUUAUUACGUCAACAAAGACGGAUUUUAUCCUGUAUAUGUCCGUGGGACAGGAGGCGUCACGGACGAGCAACUAGUGAAAGCGCUGGAAAAAGAAUUCGGUAUUGUGAGGAAGAUUUCUUCCCAGGAAACGUUCGCAGUUGUUGAUUUCGAGGAUCAGCAAUGUCAAACAGAUGCCAUAGAGAGAGGCGUUUUAAGAAUUAAUAACGUCGACGUUCACAUGGAACCAAAAACGGUGAGGAAACCCACUAACACGUUUGCAUCCUCCUCACCUUCUGGGCAACGGUUUAACAAAAAGCAUUUGAACAGAAAAAAGAAUUAA